CAUGGCUUCACCAUGCCCUGUGGCGCCAUGGGCAUUGCGCCUCGGGCAUCAGCCGCUCCGUGGCGGUGUGCACGGCAUGGCUCAUGCAGCGGCAGGCUUUAUCGCUGCAAGAAGCUUUGGAGAAGGUGAAGAGAGCGAGACCUCAGGCGCUACCGAACCACGGCUUUGUGCAAUGCCUUCAGCUUCUGGAAACAGCAGAUCUGAAGGCUGCCCAUAAAUCGUGGACAGAUGCCAAUGCAGUGAGUCAAAAUUCCAGGGACCGCUGCGUGCAAAAGCUGCGCGAGAAAGCUGACAAGGUGGCGGAGGUGGCGGCGGCUCUUGAGGAGCAACUGCAAAAUCUGGAUCCAGAGAACACAUCUAAGUUGAGAGGCGCUCUCAAAGCUCUCAGGAAACUGGCUCGCGACAUCGAGAAACUGAAGCCCCGCCGGACCAUUGAUGACAACAUAGCACAUUGUGUUCGGAAAGAAACGGCUCAGAAGGUGUCACACCUCCUAUCCAUCUGGGAAGCAAAGCUGCCGGCAUGUCCCGAGGAAGAGUGUGAGGAGAUUGGUCCAACCUUGAUUGUAGACUUGGAAGAUGAAGAUUCAGAUCAGGACCUGGACGAUCCGGGCGGCGACCAUCUCCCGUCGCUGGAUGGGUCCGGCGCGUCCGUUCCCGCCCGUCCGCGGGUGCCCUCGAUUGAAUGCAGGCAGAGGGUGGUUUCCUUGUAAAUUAUUUGAAAAACAGUCAUGUGUACAUAAGAAACGCUGCAAUUUUAAAAAUCCGAAAUAUGUUUCAAAAC